AUGCGCUUCAACACCUGGAGGCCGGGGUCCUCUUCCCUCCUCGCCUCCCUCCAAAACCUCACCCUCACCACCACCACCACCACCACCGCCGCCCGCGCCUUCUCAACAUCCGCUCCUCUCGCCACGAAAACGAUCUCCCUCCAAAAGAUCCCCACCUCCACCGUGCCCCCCUACCCCUACGGCCCGCGCCUCCUCUACAAGCAGUCCAACAACGGCCUCUACGGCUCCGCCCGCAUCCGCCACGGCCACAACGUCUCGGAGAAGCACCACCAGGUCACCGCCCGCACCUGGCGCCCCAACGUCCACUACAAGCGCCUCUGGUCCGACGCCCUCGGCGCCUGGGUCCGCAUCCGCCUCACCACCCGUGUCCUGCGCACCGUCGAGCGCGAGGGCGGCAUCGACGCCUACGUCACAAAGGCAAAGUCCGCCCGCGUCAGGGAGCUUGGCCCGGGCGGCUGGAAGCUGCGCUGGCUCGUCAUGCAGUCGUCAGCCUUCCGCACGAAGUACGCCGCCGAGAGGGAAGCCCUCGGCGUCCGCGGCGAAAUGCCCGAGGACCAGACCGACCUGGUCCACUACAUGGUUGACGCCGCCACCCCAGGCCCGCUGAGCGCCGUCAGCAGGGGCAUCAUCGAGCGGAGGGCUAGCCAGAUGAUCGCCGAGGAGUUUGUGCUCGGCGAGGAUGCCGAGCUAUUCGAGGCUGGCGCCCACUACGGGGAGGAGGGCCUCACGGAAGGCUUCGAGAAGCCGGCCCCCAAGGCCAAGUGGUCAUCGUAG